AUGCGGGGUCGAGGUGAUAAUCAGUUACCUGAGUGGGCUUCCAUAUACUUCAUUAAAAUUACAGAACAAGAAUAUAAAUGUAACAUUUGUGAAGGUGUAGUAAAGACUGACAAGAAAUUGUUACAACUAUUAGAACAUAUCAAAAAGAGCCAUAAAGAAGUGUAUGAGUUGCAUAGUAGCAGUACCGACGCCAAUGUUGGAUUUCAUAUUGAGUUUCUCCAUUUGAAUGUUUUGAAAGAUGAUGGAGAUCCUAAAACAGAGCCUGUCAUACUAGGAGAGGUAUGUGAGGCAACUACAGGUGAGAUAGCCAAAUCAGUUACCAAGAAGGAAGAUGAGAGUAAUGUUGAUAUGCAAUAUGUAUUAAUACCAAGAAAAAAGAAGCGAGAUUAUGCAGCUGAAAAUCGUAGAAGAAGCUGGGUGUGGAAAUACUUCAACAAAUUAAGCAAUAUAAUAUACCGUUGCAACCUAUGUAGUGUUGUUCUAUCAAUAAAGGGUUGUAAUACAAAUAAUAUGAAUCGACAUGUAAGAACGCGUCAUCCAACUGUUUACAAAUCAGAAAUAGAGAGGAAGAAGGACUCUGACCAGAAUGAUAUUGGGUGUGAAAUUGAGACUCCAUACAAUAUUAAGACAGAAGAUAUAAAAGUAAGCGACAAGGACUAUGAUGAUGCAUAUGAGACGUUGAGCCAGAAGCAGCGCCGCAGUUGGAUAUGGUCAUACUUCAACCGCAUCUCUGCCACGCUCGCGCAAUGCAAGCUCUGCAACCGCAACAUCUGCCACGGCGGCAACGCCACCGGCAACAUGAACAGGCAUCUCAAGAUGAUACAUCACAAAACCGGGGACGACCACGGCUGGGUGUGGAAGGUGUUCGAGUGCGCAGAGGACGACUUCUACUCGUGCAGGAUAUGCCAGUUCAGAUGCAUGAAGUUCGAGGAGCUGGAGAGGAGCGUCGCGUGCAUACUGCAGCACCUGAAGAGCGAGCACGGCGUGAUAUCUGGCGACCAGAUCAUCACCGGCUCCGAGUACGAAGGCGACGAGGUGCAG